AUGGACAACGACGACCCGCGCGACCGGCUCCUCGGCGGCGCCGCGGACGAGCCGCCUACUGCAUCGGCGGCGAGCCCACGCUGGUACCGCCGGCGGCGCGUGCAGCUGGUCCUCGCGCUCGUAGGCUGCGUCGUGAUCGCGCUCGUCACGCUCGUGCACCUCGUCUUGGCGCUGCGGGGCACGACGAUGGCCUUUCGCUCGCUGCAUUUGCCCGACCUCUGCAGCGACAAGUCGCUUGGCGCCAUCGGUGUCGAGUUUGUCAACCCGUCGCUGUGUGCGCCGACCGUCGGGCCCUUCGACGUGCACCUCUCGGCGAACGGGACAUCGCUUCUGGUCGUGUCGUUGCCAGCGUUCUCGCUUGCUCAUGGCGUCUCGUCGGUGCAGUCGCACAUCUUCUUCUCGGUCCAAGCGUCGCCGGCGGAUCUCCAGCGCUUUCUGUUUCAGUCGCCGACGCCAGCGCUGACCGUGUCGGGGUCGAUCCCGAUCCACAUUUCGUGCCUCCUCGUGCCCUUUACCGUCCACGUGGAUGUCCACGACCUCUUAUCGUCGUCGGCGUCGGUCCAUCGGUCUGGCAUGUGGGCCUUUCCUCGGCGGCGACGACGACGACCCGCAUCCAAUGAGUUUGAUAUCGCCAAGCACAUUGACGAAAUGGUGCAUGCGAUCCUCCACACGAUCGGGCUCUCGCGCGGCCACAUCGACGAAGAUGACCAUGGCAUCUACGUCUUCUCCGACGUCACGUUCGAGUACGCGUCGCAGGUGCAGUGGACGGUGCCCGACCUGAGCUUUGAGCUCACGCAUCCCCGCACGAACGAAACGUUGCUGCGCGUCGGGUUUUAUGGGUUCACGCUGGGUGGUGGCACAACGCACAUUGCAACGUACACGUACCUCGGGCACGCCGACACGGCGCCGCUCGAGGCCGUGCUGCAGUCCUACCUUGGUGGGUCGAACGUCUCGCUGGCCAUUGUCGGCGGCCACCCGCAGUCGCACUGCCUCGCGCAGCAGCUCUUCAACCGCAUGUCGUUCCCAAUCGAGAUUCCUGGCACCAUUGACGGCCAGCCCGCUUUUUUGCGCAAGUACGAGCUCAACCCGACGCUCAAGAAACUCGACUCGGAGACGCACACGUGCGAGCUCCGCCUCGAUGUCGACCUCCAGAUCCACAACCCACUCCCGAUCGAGCUGGAUCUGGUGCACUUGCAGUUUGACAUUUUGUACCACAACACGUCGUCGCCGAAGCUGCCGCUGAAAGACCUCGCCACCGCGAUCGACAACACAGCGGUCGCGUGGCCGGCCCACGGCGUCAACAACGUCUCGUUCCCGAUCCUCGUCACGUCGUUUGAGGUCUGCGAAGACCUCAUCGUGCUCUACCUCAGCGACCAGCUCGCCUUUUCGCUCCACCACGGCAACCUCUCGAUCGCACUUGGCGGCGGCAGUGCGUUUGACAUUCCGUUCACCGUUGAUGACAUUCGGGUCCACCCACCCUCCGAUGUCGUCGAGAGCACAGACAUAGGAGCUACGUACGUCUAAGUCAACAUAGUAGGAUCCUGAA